AUGCUGGGUAGCAAGCGACUGGGGCUGUCCGGACUGACCCUCGCCCUGUCCCUGCUCGUGUGCCUGGGCGCUCUGGCCGAGGCGUACCCCUCCAAGCCCGACAACCCCGGAGAGGACGCGCCGGCAGAGGACUUGGCCAGAUACUACUCGGCGCUGCGACACUACAUCAAUCUCAUCACCAGGCAAAGAUACGGAAAACGAUCUAGCCCUGAGACACUGAUUUCAGACCUCUUGAUGAGAGAAAGCACGGAAAACGUUCCCAGAACUAGGCUGGAAGACCCUUCUGUGUGGUGA